AUGUUGAAGAAACUUAUCACAGAAUGUGUUGCAAAGCGGCAAUAUUCUACCAAAAAAAUUGGUAUUUUAGGUGUCCCUUUUGGUAAAGGACAACCUAAAAAAGGUGUUACCAAUGGACCGGAUGCGAUAAGAAACGGAGAGUUAGUUGAACAAUUAUCCGAAUUUUAUAAUAAAUCGUUAAUUAAAGAUUAUGGAAAUCUUGACUACCGCCUUCUCAAGGAAAUAGGUACCGUGCCAAACAUGCACUCCUAUGAUGAAGUAAUGUCGUGUAACAAAGAAUUAUCAAAGAAAGUAGAGGAGAUUUUAGCUGAAGAUCAUUUGUGUUUGAAUUUAGGAGGCGAUCAUGCAAUAGCUAUCGGAUCUAUAGAUGGACAUCUGAAAGCAAAGAAAGAUAUCUGUGUUAUAUACAUCGAUGCUCAUUGCGACAUCAACACCAACAAAACAUCAGGAAGCGGUAAUAUACAUGGUAUGCCAGUAUCUAUUGUAACAAAAGAAAUGUGCGACUAUUGGCCGUUUUUACCUGGUAUGGAAUGGCAGGAGCCAACAUUAUCUGUAAGAAAUAUAGCAUAUAUCGGACUACGAUCGGUGGAUCCCUACGAAAGAGUAUUUGUCGAUAAAUUUGGCAUCGCUGCCUUUAGUAUGGCUGAGAUUGAAGAAUGUGGUAUACACACUGUCAUAAAUAUGGCCUUGAAAGCUAUAGAUCCUGAACAGAACAGAUCCAUACACGUUAGUUUCGAUAUUGACGCGCUUGAUCCACUAGCUGCUCCAUGCACGUCUAUAACAAUUCCUGGAGGGUUGACAGUAAGAGAAGGAAUACACAUAUUAGAAAGAGUUCAUGAUACAGGCCGAUUGAAUGUUAUGGAUAUUGUAGAACUCAACACAGACGUAGGAACUGAACAAGACGCUAAAAAAACGGUUGGAGUUGCUAUUCAACUUAUUGCGGCCGCCUGUGGUUUCAAGAGGCGUGGAAUCAGACCGAAAGAUGCUACCUUACCUUUGCAAAAUACCCAAAAUAAAAAUACUAAUAGUUAUAUAUAUUUUUAUUUUAUACUUAUCGCAAUCAUCAUCAUCAUCAUCACCCAGCCCUUUCCACUGUUGGACAUAGGCCUGCCUCAUUUUUUUCGAUUGUGCUCUUGAGCACUUUUCAUCAAAUUUCUUGA